GUAUAAAAGGCCUGCGUGCACGGGCACUUAAAUCAUUCCAUGAAGAGGAGCAAGAUCAGUGGUACAAUUUCAUAUUUUUUAAAUCAUGACGUCCAAAAAGAUAAUCUUGGCCUUAUUUUGCCUGGUCACCUUAUCACACCAGUCGACAUCCUCUAAUUCCAUCAAGGAAUCGAGCAGUACUUCGCUCAAGGCGUUACUAAAAUCAAAGGACCUCUCUCUAAAAAAGCCCAUCCAGAUGGACCUUUCUGACGACGAUCUGAAGAAAUAUGUUCCCUUGGCCAUUGUCGAAUUGGAGUCUGAGUUGCUAAAGUCUUUAGAAACUUCAGACCAGCAGAAGCAUCGCAGAGCUAAGAGAACCUUGCUAAAGAAGAAGCUUAUCAUUGCCAAACUGCUUAUCUUGAAGGCACUCUUGGCCGGGGCGGGGGCCGGUGCGGGGGCAGGAAAACUCAAAGGUGGUGGGUAUGGAUAUGCGCCUUCCGUACCUUCCAAAUAUGGACCUCCACAACAAUCAUACGGACCACCUCCAGAACCAAGUUAUGGACCACCCCCAGAACCAAGCUAUGGCCCACCCCCUGCGCCUCAAUAUGGGUAUGGACGAUAAGGCCUCGUAUUUUUUAUAUUAUGCAAAUUGUGGCAUUUAACCACGGGAUUCGUGUUCUUGGGAAGUUUUUCCUAUUACUAAACCAAAUUGGAUUUCAGGUGAUUAUUGUGUUUUUAUAGGGUCAGAUUUUUUAUACGAUUUAUAACAGUUAAUAUUCAAUGUUUCAAUAAAAGUUGAAAAUUGA